AUGGAAGAGGCUGGCUUAUGCGGCUCCACGGCGCAGGAUUCCAACAGGGAGGAAAAGCGCCAGAGACCCCGCAGGAGGAGGGGCUCCAAACCCAUCCCAGGGUGCUCCAAGGAGGAAAGACCCACCCUGUUCCAAGGAGGUGGACAGAGCUUCAGCCAGGGCUCUGGGCUGGUGGUCCAUGAGGAGCUUCACAAUGGGGAGAAGCCCUACAAGUGCUUGCAGUGUAGGAAGGGCUUCAGGCGGCGCAACAGCGUGAUUCAACACCAAAUGAUCCACACUGGGGAAUGGCCCUUUGAGUGUGAGCAAUGUGGGAAGACCUUCAGUUGCAGCUCCCACCUGAUCCGCCACCAGAGGAUCCACACCAGGGAACGGCCCUAUGAGUGUGGGGAAUGUGGCAAGAGCUUCAGCCGGCGCUCCGGCCUUAUCCGCCAUGAGAACAUCCACGCUGAGGAAAGGCCACAUAAGUGUGGGGAAUGUGGGAAGGGCUUCAACCAGAGGUCCCAACUGAUCACCCACCAAAUGAUCCACACUGGGGAGAGGCCCUAUGAGUGUUCCCAGUGUGGGAAGAGGUUUCAGACGAGCUCCACUCUCCUCGUGCACCAGCGGAUUCACAGAAAGGAGAGGCCCUUCCGCUGCCCUGACUGUGGGAAGGGCUUCAAGCACAACUCUAACCUCGUCGCCCACCUGCACAUCCACACUGGGGAGAGGCCCUAUGAGUGUCCCCUGUGU